ACCGGCCCGAGAGCUCAACUUGCGACAGUUGUCGUUCGGUCGCUCUCAAAGAGCCAUCUCGGCUUCGCCGUAAGUUGGUUUCCGUAGGAUUUCUAAUAAAAAAAUCUUGAAGGACGGCAAUACCUUAAAGGACUCUACAGAAACUAUCAAGCAACAUUUGACGCACAUUCAAGUACUUGUCAAAGGACUCGUGAGGAGCUGUCAACACAAAACUAGGAAGAAUUUAUUAAUUAGUUGGACGUUAAUUGCAAGACUUUGGGAUGGUGAAUCUAAAGAAUGCUCUGGGCGCUGACGAGCUCACCGACAAGAAGGUCGGUCUUUCUCGCGCCCUUCUGGCGGAAUUCUUCGGCACCCUGUUACUCAACUUCUUCGUCUGCGGUACCGUGGUGACCGGAAGUGUCGUCGCUAUUAGCUUGUGCGUUGGUCUGGUGGUGGCGGUCGUAAUCCAGACGAUAGGUCAUAUCUCCGGGGGUCACAUCAAUCCGGCGGUCACGUGCGGUCUCGUUGUCAUUGGCAAGGUACCAAUUAUCAGGGGUGUUCUGUACGUUGUGGCGCAAUGCGCGGGCGCUAUCGCGGGUUCGGCGAUCAUAAGAGCCCUUUCGGCCGAUACGAUGGAGGCUUUCCUGGGCGUGGUGAAGCUCUCCCACGGGAUCACUCCAGUGCAAGGAUUCGGCAUCGAGUUCUUCCUCGCUUUGCUCUUGGUGCUGGUAGUUUGCGGGGCGUGCGACGCCGCUAAACCAGACAGCAAGGGCAUCGCGCCUCUUUUAAUCGGCCUGUCGGUCUCCGUCGGCCAUCUCGCCGGCAUACCGCGAACGGGUGCGGGGAUGAAUCCGGCGCGUUCGCUGGGCAGCGCCGUGGUGAUGGGCGUCUUCGACAAUCACUGGGUGUACUGGGUGGGUCCAAUUAUGGGCGGUAUCGCCGGUGCACUCAUCUACGUGCAUGCGAUCGGACCUGCCAAGCAACCGGAAAUCCCCGCCAGGACUUAUGCCUCCGUCGCCACCGACGAAAAGGAGCUCCAGAAUCUUGCCAGCAGGAAAAACGCCAGUCUCGCUUGACGCUCUUAACCGACUCUAACCGUCUUUCUCUGCCAACUCGCCAAUCAUCUUUUAUCGUAUAUAAUGUGAUAAGAACUAUCCGACAGCUUUUAUAUGUAAAAAGUACCGCGCGUGCAUUUUGAAACUGAAGUUUAUAUAAAAUUGCUUUCUAAUGGAGUGAUGUUAAAAAAAAAAAAAACACGAUUGUGACGACGUCGAUUUUUAUUGAUCCUUGAGGAGAUAGGACGAUCUACGGGCGCAAUCAUUUGCAUUUCAAUUCGCUGACUUUAAAAUAAAAUGUACAUGUUUUUCAUAAUUAGGUACAGUUAGCAAUUUUUAAAAGUUCAGCAAGAGAGAUAUUAACGUAAUUUGAAAAUGCCUUUAAUGCUUCAAUUAUUUAAGGCAUCAUAGAAAUAUAUAGUCACAAAGAAAAUUUAAUGCAACUAAAUAAAUUAAAUUGAUAGUUAAAUUUCUCAAGAGAAUUCCAUGCUUUAUAAAAUAUUAAGGCAUUAAGAGUCUCUCUCUUUUUUUUUUCUUCCUAUAAUUUUUUGCCAAUUUAUAACAAUAUCUUUCAUUGCACGAAUUAAAUUUCAAAAAAUUUGAUUAUACGAUAAUGAUAUAGAUCGUCGUCCUGUAAUCGUGAAAGAUUCGAGUGUGAAGAAAGCCAAAGAGAUCUUUUGUCACGAAGUAACGUUGCCGACAUCUCAUGCCACAUUGAGUAAC